GUGUUUUUCUUUAGUAAAAAAAUACGUUUUAGCAGGAAGAUAUAGUAAACGGUAUAAGUCGACAUAAAUAAAAUAUAUAUAUAUAUAUAUAUUUAAGUAGUUGAGAGAAUUAGAUAUGUGUCUCAAAAGGAGCGCGUUUUUUAACGGACUGGAGCCCCUCAAUGAUUUCUCAGUAAGUACAAGUUAGAACGUUAGCGAAACUCGUCCAGUCCGCUGGUGUGAAUUGUUAAAGAAAAUGGCUGGUACGGUCAGUUUCGAUUUGGAUCCAAUUUUUUUGAAAGGUUUGGGAUACCUCCAUUCCAAGAGCAAAGACUCUGCAGAAAAACUGAAAGCCCUCCUGGACGACUCUUUAGCAAGAGGAAAUGACUCGAAUUACCGCACCGCACAAAAGGAAUUAGAAGUCAUUAAAGUCUCUGCCAGCAAGACUAACACGAGCAAGCAGGAGUCAAAAACAUCAUCAGCUUCAAGUUUAGGUAGCAACAAUGGUAAAUCAAGUAGCUCUGAAAAGACAAAGAAGGAAGCAGAGAAGAGGCCACCUGAAAAGGUUAAAGUGGAUCUUGGUGAUGGAAUAGACUUACCAAAGAAAUCACGUUUGGAAAAAUCAGAUGGCCGCUCUUCUCCUAUUACAGUACAGACAAUUAAGGACCUUCCCAUUCCUGACCUUUCAAGUUUUGAUGAAACUAGUGCUGAUGACUUUGCAAUGGAAAUGGGUUUGGCUUGUGUGGAGUGUAGACAGAUGACUGUUACCUCGGGAAAUCAACUUGUCGAAUGUCAAGAGUGCCACAACUUGUAUCAUCAGGAUUGCCACAAGCCUCAAGUAACUGAUAAGGAUGUGAAUGAUCCCCGUUUGGUCUGGUAUUGUGCCCGUUGUACAAGACAGAUGAAACGAAUGGCACAAAAGACUCAAAAGCCUCCCCAGAAAGCUGCAACAGCUGUCGCAUCAUCUGCUCCUGUCGUUAAGGAUACUCUUGUCAAAAAACCAGAGAUCAAACCCAAACAGGAAACCACUGCUACAUUCCAGGCAUUCAAGAGAACAGAACUAAAGGCAUCCACAGCAGUUUCAGGGAGCACUGCAGGUGCUAGUGCAUCGAUUUCAGCUGCGAGUGGUUUGACAGGUUGGGCUGCGUUUGGUGCCAAAACCUCCACUGCUGUACCAGCAAGCACAAAGCUUGGAGCACCUACUCCAAGCACCAGUGGAAAAGCGACAACCACUUCUGGCAGCCAAAAGCCAGUUGGACUAGGGCUUGCAAGUGUGAAAACUACACUGGGGUCAAAAAUGUCUGUUGGAAGCAACAAUAAUAACAGUAGUGGUAGCUCAAACCCUCCACCACUAAAACCGCCUCCUCCUUUAACUCUGGGGAAACCAGGACUCAGCCGAUCCUCAAGUAGUGAUAAUGUCAGCAAAGUGGGUUUGCCAGGGCCAAGUAGCAAUCCUUCCACAGUAGCCAGUCCAGUAAACAGUGGCAAUGGGGCUGCAGCCAAUGGUACUAACAAUGGGGCAAAGGUGGUUGUUGAUGCGUCCUCUGGUGUUAAAGUACCCACUUCCCAGGAGUCUCAGCUCAAUGCUAUGAAACGCCUUCAAAUGGUGAAAAAGAAAGCAGCACAGAAGAAACUGAAAAAGUAAGCAGUGUUUUAUUACUGUCCCCAUCGUAGUACUUGAAUUCUUUCCAAACCCGUUUAUGCUGCUUUUAAGAUGCUUUGGAUUUUCAGUGAGAAAUAAAACGUGCUUGCUACAUGCUUCUGUGAAUAGUACAUGUUGAAUUAAAAAGGAGAAACAGUUUUUUGUUU